AUGUCAAUUUUCUUGUGCUUCAUCUUCCUCUUACCUCUUAUCUUAACCCUCUGGAAAAAUCUCAAACCCUCAAAAUGGAAUCUUCCUCCGGGCCCACGAAAGCUUCCGAUCAUCGGAAACUUACACAAAAGCCGAGAGUUAAACCCCAGGAACCGUCGGAAUCUCACCGAAAAGUACGGACCAGUGGUGCAUCUCCGGUUCGGAUUCGUCCCUACGGUCGUGGUCUCUUCGAAAGAAGCAGCCGAGGAAGUUCUCAAGACCCACGAUCUUGAGUGUUGUAGCCGACCAGAGAAAGUCGGGUUUAGGAUGUUGUCUUACAACUACAAAAACAUAGGAUUCACACGUUACGGUGAGGAAUUGAGGGAGAUGCGAAAGCUCUCGGUGGUCGAGCUCUUCAGCCCGAAAAAGCUUCAGUCUUUCAAGUAUAUGAGAGAGGAAGAGAAUGACUUGUUGGUCAAGAAACUGAUGGAAUCUGCUUCGAGACUAUCUCCGGUGAAUCUGAAGAAAACCCUUUACACAUUAGUAGGGAGUAUCGUGUGUAGGACCGGGCUCGGGACAAAUCUCCAUGAGUGCGAGUAUAUCCAUGAAGAUAGCGUCGAGGAUCUUCUCAACAAGGCUGAAUUGCUCACGACGACUUCUAUAUUCUCUGAUUUAUUUCCUGGAAGAAUCGGUGAGCUCAUGGAUUUGAUCUCCGGUCAGAAGAAGAGAUUGGAGAGUGCUUUUUCGGAGCUGGACACAUUCUUUCUGAACAUUCUUGAUUCUCAUCUUAAGCCUGAAAGUACAAAAAUUGAGAGCUUUGAUCUUAUUGAUGUGAUGGUCGAUAUGAUGAGGAAGCAAGACAAAGAUGGUGGCUCUUUCAAGCCCACCACAGAUCAUCUCAAAGGCAUGAUCUCGGACAUAUUUCUAGCAGGAGUUAGCACAAGCACCUCCACAAUGAUAUGGGCAAUGACAGAGCUGAUUAGAAGCCCUAAAGUGAUGAAGAAAGUGCAAGACGAGAUCCGAACAACACUUGGGGAGAAGAAAGAGAGAAUCACAGUGCAAGAUCUUACCAAUCUCCAUUACUUCAAGCUCAUGGUUAAGGAGAUAUUAAGGUUACACCCACCAGCUCCACUUUUGCUCCCAAGAGAGACAAUGUCUGACAUCAAGAUCCAAGGCUAUGAUGUUCCCGCCAAAACACAGAUCUUGAUCAACGCUUAUGCCAUUGCACGUGAUCCAAAGCACUGGAAAAAUCCUGAUGAGUUUAAUCCUGAUAGGUUUGUAGACAGUUCCAUAGAUUACAGAGGACUUAACUUUGAGCUUUUACCGUUUGGAUCUGGUAGGAGAAUCUGUCCAGGGAUAGCGAUGGGGAUCGCCAUUGUUGAACUGGGACUGUUGAAUUUACUUUACUUCUUCGAUUGGGGAUUGCCGGAGAAGGAAGAAGCCGGCGAGACCAUCACCGGAAAUGAAGUUGCUCUUGACCUAGUUCAAGUUCUUAAUCACUAA